AUGUCGGAUGUCGUCGGCUUCCGUCGCUCGACGGGCAAAAAGACGGAGCUCAACGCGACGGACAGCGCAGCUGAGCACCAACGCAGUCGCAUCGCAUCCAAAUCACGCACCGCAUCGCGGCAGGCGGGAGCGGAGCUGUCGAGACGCGAUCGCACUCGCUUGGCCCCCCAUCCGCCAUCGCUCAAUCGCUACUGCUCUCAAAGACCCUACCUUGAUCCCUAUCUCUUGUCCACCUCCAUCCGUGCAUCCAUACCCCGUGACCUCGCUCCAGGCCACUCUUUCGCUCUUUCGCUCCCGUCGCGUCGAGCCCCACCCGAUCCCACCUCGCACCCACGCCGCCCACGCACGCCCGUCGCACGGACGCGUUCCAGUCAAAUCCUUUCUCGCGCGCGUCUCGAUCGCAUUCGCAGCCAGCCCAGCAUGUACGGCCGAAGCGGUCAGCAGCAGUACCGCGGCGGUCUGUCGUCGUGGGACACGAUGCAGCCGCAGUCGGGCUACACCUCUUCGCCGUCCCAGCCGCCGCAGCCUCCGCAACAGCAACAGCAGCAGCCGCAACAGCAGCAGCCGGGCUACUUUGGCAGCAGCAUGAUCUCGUCCGGCUCGAGAGACGAUGUAGGCGGCUACGGCGGCUAUGCAUCGGGCGGCUCGAGCUCGCACUUUCCCUCGGGCUAUCCGGGACAGCAGCCGGGCAAUGCGGCUUCGUCGUCGUCUGCCAACUCGCGUCCCAACACCUUUGCCAGCUUCUCGGAGGCGUUCACCGGUGGGUAUAACGGCAACUCGCUCAUGCCGCAGCAGCAGCAACAGCAGCAGCAGCAGGGACAGCAACAGCAGGGACAGCAGCAGCCGGGUCAGCCGUCCAACGCGUCGUACCGUAGCGAGCACUACUACGCGCCCUCCGAGUACGGCGCAGCGCGCGAUCGCGCCGCACAGCCCAUGUAUGCGCAGCAGCCGGGCGAUGGGUUUGGCCAGCCGAGCAAUGGCAGCGCAAGGGAGUCGCGCUUCGAUGGCGCCUACUCGUCCGCCAACGCGCAGCAGGACUGGAGCAACUACUCGGCGUCGUCGAAUGUGGCGAUGCAGCAGCGCGAGGGCGUGCAGCCGUCGCAGGCGUCGCGUUCGCAGUCGGCUGCAGCGCCCACGGCGCAGAACGCACCGCCCUCCGCGUCGCCCUCGGUAGCGGCGGCGGCGUCACAGCCAGCGGCUGCCGAGGCGGCAGUGCCAAAGAAACGCGGGCGCAAACCUAAGAACCAGACGCAGCCCGUGGCGGCACCCGCGCCCACCAAGCCGCAGGGAUAUACCCAACAGGCGGGCUUUGUCGACCCCUCUGCCAUGAUGAUCAAGACGGCCGCUAACGGCACGGCCAAAGGCAAAAAGGCUCAAGCUGCAGCAGCGGCGGCGGCAGCGGCGGCCCAGGCGGCAGCAGCAGCAGCUGCACCUCCCCCCGCACCCGCUGCUGCUGUGGGGAUUCGGCCCAAGGGCAAGCGAGGGCGCAAGUCCAAGGCGGAGCUGGCAGCGGAAGCGGCGGCAGCAGCCUCGGCGCCACCUGCAUCCGCAGCGGCAGUGGUGGAUACGUCGAUGGAGGCGCCGCCAGCGAAGCGCAAACGACGCACCAAGCUGGAGAUGCAGGCGGCGCGGGCGGCGGAAGCGGAAGCGGCGGCGAGACAAGCGGCUCUGCAGGCGGCGGGUCAGGUGCCUGUGCCGACCAAGGAUCCGAGGGGCAGGAAGCCCGGUUCCAAGGGAAGCUAUACGCAGGCGUGGAACAAGGAGAUGGUGGCAAAAGUGCAGGGACUGCGCGUGUUCGGAAGCAUGAUCGAGGACGACAAGACGCAGAAGGACUUUGACCGCGUCGUGAUCGAGGUGCUCGGCAUGCUCGAUGGCAAACUGCCCGGCGAUAAAAAGUAA